AUUCAUACCCACAAUCCACCGGGGACGAUUGAAGGCGCCUUUUGCUGCAGUUUGGGUUGCUGCAUGUGUGCAUGAUUGCAAGCUGCUGAAUGCAUUCUUAUAAUAUCGCCGUGGAUUUUUUUAAGUCAUACGAUUGUUUUUGUUUGCUCCUGCUGACGUCAUUUUAGGUGUCAACAACGCCGGCAUGGCUCCGUUCGGCUUAGUGACAGCAAGUGUCGGUCUUCUGGCGAGGUCCUUCAAUGUCUUCACUUGCACAAGCACUCUGGCAAGAGUCACCCAUGCUGCAUACAGGAACCCGGUUAAAUGCCUGUCCACCGAAGCCAGCGGCCCCCCAAAGAGGCCUCUCAAUGGAUACAUGAGAUACGUUUUGCAACAGAAGCCGGUCAUUGUGAGUCAGAACCCAGAACUCAAACAUGUAGAGGCCAUCAGGAAGCUAGCUCAGGAGUGGAAAUUGAUGAGACCGGAACAGAAACAGCCGUUUGAAGAUGCAUUCCUGCGGGAGAAGGAGCAGUUUAAGAUCGAUCUGCAGCAGUACCUUGCCCAGCUGACCCCCGCAGAGCUCGAACAGCAAGUGCUUGAGAAGAGACAGAGGAAGGCCAAAAGGAAGGCCUUCCGCAAGAAGAGGGAAGCAACCGUCAUGGGGAAGCCAAAACGUCCUCGCACGGCAUUCAACAUCUUUAUGUCCGAACACUUUGUGGAAGCCAAGGGAGAAAACACACAGGCAAAGAUGAAGACUUUGCUGGGCGACUGGAAGAAACUUUUCGGCAAUCAGAAGCAGGUUUAUGCGCAGCUGGCUGAGGAUGAUAAAAUCCGCUACAAGAAUGAGAUCACGUCAUGGGAAGACCACAUGAUGGAAAUUGGACGAGGCGACCUGCUCAGAGACAAGACUCUGGUGAGCCAGAGAAGAAAAGCCGCCGAAGCCGAAAAGGCCAAGAAGAAAAAGAGAGAGGCAGCAAAGAAGCUCGCCGCCGCCAAAGCCAAGUCAAGAACUGUCAAGAAGACAAAAAGCACUGUGACAAGAGUUGUCAAAAAGACAAAAAAGACUUAAUCUUUUUUUGGGGGCGGGGUUGGAGUUUUACAGACUACUAUUAGACAGAUGUUCUGAUGACACAAAUCUGUGUUUUGUUGCUUUCUCCUCUCGUUUAGACUGGCACAAAUGUUAUCAGGUUCUCCACGAAUUAAAGGCUAUCAACAUCCACCCUCUU